CAAAGUGAUUUGACAUUUUCUCUAUAAAGGUGUCAUCUUUUUUUUAUUUGGGCAUCGAGACCAGUCCUAACCUCACCUUACCCAUUGAGAGAACUCAGAGAAGAUGCUGCGAGUUGCAGGGAGGAGGCUUUUGUCUCUUCAGCAGAGAUCUUCCACCGCGACCUCCUUCGUCCUUUCCAGAGAUCACACCAUCUCCAAAGAAGGCGGCGAGGACUCCACCAGAUCUGCUGCUCCUUCUGCGGAUCUUUCAUGUUUCAGUUCUUACCACCGGAGUCUUUUGAGAGGUUUCUCUUCUCAAGUCAUUACUCAAGGAAACGAGAUAGGUUUUGCUUCUGAAGUCCCAGCCACCGUUGAGGCUGUCAAGACACCUAACUCAAAGAUUGUGUAUGAUGACCACAACCAUGAGCGUUACCCACCUGGUGACCCUAGCAAGCGUGCCUUCGCCUAUUUCGUCCUGUCUGGUGGGAGGUUUGUCUACGCCUCUGUUCUCCGCCUUCUUGUCCUGAAGCUCAUUGUCAGCAUGUCCGCGAGUAAAGAUGUCCUUGCCCUUGCAUCCCUCGAGGUCGACCUUGGGAGCAUCGAGCCGGGAACUACUGUGACAGUGAAGUGGCGUGGAAAGCCUGUCUUUAUUAGACGUAGAACGGAAGAUGACAUCAAGCUGGCUAACAGUGUGGAUCUUGGAUCUCUGAGAGACCCGCAAGAGGACUCCGUGAGGGUGAAGAAUCCGGAAUGGUUGGUGGUGGUUGGGGUCUGCACUCAUUUGGGGUGCAUCCCUUUGCCUAAUGCUGGUGACUAUGGUGGCUGGUUUUGCCCGUGUCACGGUUCGCAUUACGACAUCUCUGGAAGGAUCAGGAAAGGUCCUGCACCUUACAACUUGGAAGUACCAACUUACAGCUUCUUGGAAGAGAACAAGUUACUCAUUGGUUGAUGAAUAAACGCACGUCAGACAGUGUUUGUGUCUCAAAGAUCCUCAUUUGUUUUUUUGUUUUUCUUUUAUAUAUACUUUCUGGCUAAGUGCAAGUACGCUUUCCUCACACUUUGGUCUUCUCAGCAAGUAAACGAUUGUGCUUGGUUUUACUGAAUAAUACAAACUUGUCAUUGUAUGACUUAGCAUCUGUCCCAUCUGGUGAAUGAAACGAUGUAUGUGUUUAUUGUUUGAAAACAGUUUUGUAUUUUGAAUAGCUUAAUUG